UUUUGAUCACUCCAAUUUCAUUUCGAACAUUUCCAGAAAAAAAAUCCUUCAAGCCCCACCGAAUCACAUCGCAUCCAGUUCCAAUUUCCAGUUAGCCCUAGGCCAUCAACUAAAAACGACAAAGAAAUCAUGACUGCUGCGGCGCCGCCCCUCUUAAGAUCCGUCCAUUUUACCGAUAGUGAAACACUGGCUAGGAAAACAUUUUCGCCUCUCAGAUACAAUGUGCCGCUGUUUGUGUACAAAAAACUAACCAUUCCGGGCGUACAGCGUCGUGACGAGUUGAGAAUCCUUGCCAACGGUCGCCGACAGUUACUCCGGAGGAUGUUGAAGGCCAACUAUAGCGAGCUGCCAAAUUGUGAAGAUCAUAUCAAUGUCAAUUUGGAGCCGGAUUCAACCCAGGCCUGGGACCGGAAACAGCAGGCACAGCACGUGCGUGGCAACCCUUUCAAAUCGCCUUGCCCGAAAUCACUGCGAAAUGGUCACAAGGAAUGGACCCUAGCACCCAACAGGUACCGAUUGGCCAACAACAUCUCGGAUACGGCCAGCAAAUCAACAGGCACCAAAGGACCUUAUCAAUGUUUCACAGGUGAACGUUUUACAUCGAUUCCGAGGGUAGUCAUCCAAAGAAGCCGUGAGGGUAGCCGUGGAGAAGAACUAGCUACCAGCCUUCCUGCCGAAAUGGAUCGACUCGGUCACCCGAAGCGGUACUUUGUGGGGAAAAUUCGACCAGGCGACAAAAACAAGCAACAGACCUACUCACGGUUGGCCCUCUCCCAGCCAACCCUUUGCUGGCGCAAUCCCCUGGAACCGGGUCCCAACCAUUACUUCAAAGGCAUUUUUGACAUCCCGCCGAAGAAGGUCCCACCUAUCAUGACUGGCCGAUGCCAACAGCGGCUCCACGUGAAGCAAUUAAUCGCCGGACCGUCCGCUACCCCCGGAGUGCCAUCCGUGCAUCAUUCAUAUUGUGCGGAACCCUUCCGCAGGCCACCUCCCGGUCGUUAUCAACUGCCAAGCAGCAUACCGAUUCCGAAGCCAUUGCUGUCAAUUGCACCCCGUCGUAGAAAUGUCCCCCCCACACGAUACGACUUCUCAUACAAUUUCGCAUGGAAUCCGUACCGGCAGCCAAGCACCGUUCUGAUGCACACCGUUGACAUUCCAGUUCGGCGCCGGAAGCGAGGCCGCAACAUGAAGGUGGCCUUCGGUAGUGCGACGGCCCGUUUCAAGGAUGAGGAAUUUUUCCCCAUCGGAGCACUCAAAUCUGUUCUUCCGAAGGAUGCGAUUCCGGCGAAGAAGAGGCCGGACGGCAAGAGUGGUCACGGUAUGUCUUGA